UCUUUUUGAUUUGAUACAGUCAGUGAGAGUCAGGAUGGAGAUUUGCAGUGGGAAGGCGGUCAAAAAAGCAAGCCCCCAGGGAAGAUCGGAACAAGAAGGUGGAUUAGGAGCUCCUGACUGCGCGGCGAGGUCGGGCGAGGUGGCAAAGGAGGAUCGGCUGCUGGCACGCCACCACACAGGCUCCAGAAAGGGACUGAGUGAAUAUAAGAGAAACUUCAGAUGGAAACCCCCAGAGUUUUGUAGCCUGUCCCAGCAGCAGAAAUCCUUAUGGGCAGGACUUCGGUCGGAUCAGUUUGGAAUCACAAGAGAACCAAAAUUCAUUUCUAAGAGAAGGGUGCCUUACCAUAAUCCACAGAUUUCGAAGUCUUUUGAAUGGACAGCAGAUUGUGAUUUGAACGACCCACUCGAAACUGAAGCUCUUAGGACUGCAGAGUUGCACACAGACCACAACAACAAUGAUGUGAAUCAGGAAAAAAUUGAAACGCUAGAAGGACCCAGACUCCCCCCCAAAGUUCAGUCACAUUCAGUAGAUUGUAGAGGUGAAACAGCUCUUGCAGAAAACAACAUGAAGAGAUCACCCUCUGCAGCUCCACCAAAUCAAAAUGAAGCGUUUUCAUCUCCAAAAAAGGAAUUAGAAAAAAUGGAUAAUGGGCUUCACAGAGUCCUUCAGAGGAAAGCAGGCAUGAAUAUUUCACAUUUAAAUACUUUCCCCAGAAAUUCUGAAUAUCAAAGCCAAUUUGUUUGGAAGAGUCCUCAUGAAAAGUCACCAAUACUUGCGGCUGAACAGGUUAUUUGCAACACAAAUAAAUCCAUACCUCUGUUUAAAUCUCCUGCAAUUACUGCUGAAACUGCACAUGAGAGAAACUUCAGAGAGUCUCCUCCUGUUAAGGAUCUGCAAGACAGACGUGGUUCAGAAGAGAAAGAAUUUCCAGUUUGUGAACAAAGUAAGAGGGAAGAACCGUUUCAAAAGCCAGAAGAAGAUGCAGCAAAACAAGGGAAAUCAGAACAGAAACAUCCUAAACAAAAAAAUAAGCAACAUAUCAGUCCAAAGUCCCUCUCUUUACAUACAAGUCGUGGGAAGAUGAACACUGAAUAUAGGUCAAAAUUUUUGUCUCCAGCCCAGUAUUUCUACAAAGAUGGAGCUUGGUCUCGUAUUAGGAGUAAGGUUCCCAACCAGGCAUCUCAAAACACCCUAAAUUCCAUGUGGUAUAUGGAGGUGAGAGAACUUCGAGAAAGAGCAAAGGCUUACAGGCAACGAGUAGAGGGAACACACUUCUCCCGGUACCAUCUCAAUCAGAUCCUGUCUGAUAAUAACAGUCUUUGGGAUGUGUCCUCAAGUUCCAGUUCAGAAGAAGGCAUUAGCAACAACAUCAGAGCACUAGAUCUUGCCGGAGUUUCUGAAAAAGAGACUGCACCAAGCCCCAAAAUGCUGCAGCAACCUGACUCCAUAGAACAGCCACAGAAGGACAGGACUGAGAAGAAAGACAUGUCAGAUGCUUUAACUGUUCCAGUCAAAAGGCGUUUAGUUUGGGGUGAACAAGAAGGUACGGAAGAAAGGGAGAAUCAGCAAUCAACAGAAGAGGAAAAAAACCAAGAUGAACAGGCUGCAGUUGUGGCUCAGCAGUUAGAAGAAAACAAUAAGGAUGCCAAUGAAGAUAAGAAAAUUGAAGGUGAGAAUGCCUUAGUAUUGAAUUCUCCUGCAGCUGUGUCAGAUUCUUCUUCUGUAUCUUCAAGGACAGGCGGCAGGCUUCCUACUCCGAAGCUGAGAGCGCUUGGUGGAGCUCAGAGGACUCAUCAUGAUCUCACUACCCCAGCUGUUGGAGGUGCGGUUCUAGUGUCUCCUCCUAAAUUCAAGUCUUCAUCUUCACAGCAGAGAACACGAGGUUUAGGAACAGACCCUUCUUCAGCUAAGCAAGGUGGAAGAGAAGCUUCAAAAAGAAGGUCCUUACAGCCUGAUGUGGAAAUGGAAGCUGUUUCACACCUUACCUCUCCACCUGCUGGGCUGGGAACUUUGGAUCCUCUGCCACUUAGACAGGAUCAGUGGCCUCCUAACAGUGUUUCUGAAGAGCAAGUUCCUCUUGCUUCAGCCCAUCAAGAGCGUUCUGCGACACCUCCUCUGCUGAAGUCAGCCAAAAACUUCUCUAUGCCUUGGUGGAGUCCCUCUCGUCGUAUUCAAGGGACUCUCAAAGAUCCAGAAUUCCAGCACAAUGGGAAUGUUGGCAAUCCAAAACUGAGAUCUUUCCAGUUACCCCUUCAGGAAAGAAACUAUAAUGAUGAAGAUGACAGGUUGUCUCAGAUUUCUGCUCGCUCAGCAGCAUCUAGCUCCCUUGCAUCUCAGAUACUGGAACGAGCUCAGAAGAGGAAGGAUUUCUGGGGCAAGAAAUAAGCUCUUCCACCUUUUGUACAGAAACUAUUCUGUAAAAUGAUUUUUUUUUAUAUAUAGUUUAAAGUGUACAUUUUAAAAAAUCGUGAUUGUAGAUAUCAUGUAGCAUCCUUUCACUUAUCACUAAUAUGGCCCAACUUUUAGGACUUGCCAUCCCAAUGUAAAAUUUCAAUAUUUAAACCAAUGUUGAAAAUGUAAGUCCUUUAUAUCUGGGAGUUACGUCUUAAAUCAUUGUGUUACAACAGCCAUGUGGGAUUUUAUUUUAUUUUUUUACAGUGGCACCUCUUGAAACUGAGAAUUUUUUUUUUUUUAUGCAACCUAUGUGUUACUUUUCAAGGUAUUCUGCUGCAGUCAUGCAGUAUGACCUGGGACAGUAUUCAAAGGCAUCACCAUCAUUCACCAAACACCUCAGUUGCUUGAUUUUAGCCAGCUAUCUUAAAGGUAACUGUGGUAUAUUUAUUUUACUGUAUGAAUUGUCAGUACAAUACAGUGCUGUAACAAAAAAGUUACUUUUACUGCUUACUGCUUUUAACCUGUUACCAAAAAAUUCUUAUUGUUUCUUAAUGAAGCUAACAUGGAACAUAUGUGACUCUGAGAGAAGGAUGCUAAGCGUUAGGGUUUGUUCAUUGUCCACAGUUUUUUGGCCAGGAUGAUUAUUAGAGUUCAAUAUGUACAGUACUGCAGGUCAUCAGAUGUACUGAUGUGAACAUUUGUCUUUUUGAGGGCAAGACCUAUGUUUAGUGUUAAUUUCAACUUCUCUAGAAAAAGCAACCUCAGCCACCUUAAACAGUGGCCUUCCCCAGCCCCCCCUUCAAACUCAGGUAUUUAGACAUAGUUGAUCUCUUAAAAUAAACUCAGAAGAAUGUUUUUUCUUGACUUUAACAUUUUAAUUACCUCUCCUCCUAGUUGCCUGUGUCUGGGAGGCUGGCGUACUGUUAUGAUUGUCACAGUGAAAAGUGUUUGUGAUUUAUGCUGACAGCAUGUUUUAUCUUUCCAAGUGAUGCAAACAAGUUAACAUGAAGUAGAGGAAAUUGGUGGCUAGCAGGCAGUUUGUUUCUUCUUGUAUGGCUUCAAGUUUUAAUAUUACUUCAUAUGUAAAUUUUAUACAAGAACAAUUUGAAUUUUGUACACAUUUGCUUACAGUUUGAUUUUGUACACAAUUAUGUACACAUAUUACUGAAAAUAAAAAAGUUGGUUGAUUUGUUUCAAGUUAUGACAGAUAAAUUCAUAGACCCUAUUACGUUGGCACUUGUCUGUUUAGUUCUCUGUUUCAUCUGUUCAGCUGGAACAUCUGUGGACUUUUGAAAGGCACUACCUC